AUGGCUCACAACAACGGUAGUGGUGUCAUGGACCGUGAAACGGCGAACCCGUCGCGUGCAUCAUCGAUCGAUCGAGUGUCAGUUAAAGUGCCACCGUUCAUACCCACGGAUCCGGAGUUGUGGUUCAGGAUGCUGGAGGGCGGUUUCGUAGCUGCCGGAAUAACCCAGGACAGUACCAAAUAUGGCCACGUUAUCACAGCCCUCGACCAAAGGUAUGCUCUGGAGGUCCGUGAUAUACUUAUGAGAGAGGAACAAUCAUACGAGCUUUUGAAAACCGAAUUGAUCAAGCGCCUUGGCUCUUCGCGUGAGCAGAACACGCGCCGACUAUUAGAAAACGAGCCUCUCGGAGAUCGCAAGCCGUCGCAGUUUCUCCGACAUCUUCGCGGCCUCGCCGGUACGGAGUUUCCGGAGGACAUCUUGCAGACACUCUGGCUGGGCCGUCUGCCUAGACAUGUCCAAGCACUCCUUGCGGCUCAUCGGAAUCUCACGCUCGAUAAGCGAGCCGAUAUCGCGGAUUCGAUCGCGGACUUGUACGGCCCGGUAGGGCUCAUCGCCGAGACGACAGCCACCGCACCUCAGCCUGCCCGAGCUCAUGGUGAUGAUGUAACGCGCGUGAUGACGGAGGUGGUACAGAGACUCGCAGCCAUCGAAGUCAACUUCCAAGGAGCGCGUCAUCUACUAGCGGAACCUGCGAAGCCUGCGGAAGGUCGCGCUCGCGCUCUCCGUCGCGCUUGCGCUCCCGAUCGCGUACGCGGUCACGGAGCCGACGUCCUGGUGCAGCUAGCGACAUAUGCUGUAUCACUGGUAAUACGGCGAUCAGGCAAGAAAUUGCGAAAAGCCGUGCAAAUACGACGACAAAUCUUCGGGAAACGAACAGGGCAGUCGCUAAUGGCGGCCGACGACAUCAGCCCCGCGAUAUCGCGCCGCUUCUUUGUCAGCGACCGAUCCACAAAGCUGCAAUUCUUAAUUGAUACAGGAGCCGACGUGUGUAUGUUUCCACGCUCGCACCUGCCGGGACCCCGUACAAAAUCAAGCUAUGAGCUCUCCGCGGCGAACGAUACAACUAUUGCUACGUUCGGAACGAUAGCGCUCACACUGGACUUCGGACUGCGGCGGCAAUUCACCUGGAGGUUUGUCGUUGCCGCUGUGUCCAAGCCGAUCAUCGGCGCAGACUUCCUCGUACACUAUGGGCUCUUGGUGGACAUGAGGAACCAGCGGCUGUUGGACGCGACCACUCAGCUCACCUCUCAUGGAAGGGUGAUUGAGUGUGACAUUCCGAGCGUUAAGACUGUUUCAGGCUCAUCGCAGUAUCAUGAACUCCUCCACCAAUUUCCGGAGGUGUCACGACCGGACGGAGCCCCCAAGGCCGUAAGUCACUCGACGAGGCAUUAUAUCACUACCACACCAGGGCCACCCGUCGCACAGAGACCACGUCGCCUUUCAACGGAGAAGUUGAAGGCGGCGAAGAAGGAAUUCGAGGCCAUGCUACGCCUGGGAAUCGCUCGCCCGUCACAAAGCUCCUGGGCAUCGCCCUUGCACAUGGUAUCGAAAAAGAGCGACGACUGGCGGCCUUGCGGAGAUUAUCGCGCCCUGGACGCGAGAACUUAUCCAGAUCGAUAUCCAGUGAGGCACAUCCAGGAUUUCUCCCAGUCACUUCGUGGGAAAAACAUUUUUUCCACCAUCGAUCUGGUACGAGCCUUCAAUUAG